UUUAUUGCUUACAGUAGCUAACAAUAUACACAUGUAUUGCUAGCGUAAUUUAAUGUAGCUAUCUGUUGCACAUGGUGGUAUUGUUUGCCUUGCUAGUAGCCAGCUACUGUAUCCAGCCAGUCUGUUUUUAUGCCCGCUAGCUAGUAUGUAUGCUAGUCUAUACUGUAUGGCGUUAAGCCGAAACAGUUAUAUACGUUAGCCGACUGCAAUAUCGCCUACGAUAUUCACUUUUUACAGUUCAUAUGCAAUCUGAUUAACAACGCUACACUACCUUCUUUCAAUUGCCAGUAUCGACGUGUGGCAUGGAUGAUAAUGCAAUUUGGCCGAUUUAAGCUGUAAAGCAGUUUAAUCCGGUUGAAUCACAGAAUAGCCAUCAUAAUUACGGACUCUAACUGCACCCCUUUCUAUUUACGGAAUUCAAUUGAAAAGAUCUAAAGAUGUACCACAAAGAGAAGAGCAUCCAGAUCAAAAGUAGCGCUUCGGCGCUGUACAACAACCUCAGCGUACUGCGCAUAGCCCCUCGAAACCUGACUUAUUUCUCCGUGGUACACGCCAACAUGGUCAACAUGGUUAGCGCGUCUUGGGACGGACUCAACUACUCCCACCGACAGCUGCAAUCCAAAGAGCCGAACGUCACCACCAGCUCGUCUCUUAUCAUGCAGGCGGCCUGGUGUGUCCUCCCUUACCGUGAAAUCCUGGUGCUCACCUCUCAGAAAGGCAUCCAAAUGUACGAGUCAGAUGGAUCCAUUAUGGUGUACUGGCACGCCCUGGACACCCCAGAGACCCCGACAGCUCAGGCCGUGUUUGCUCGAGGCAUUGCGGCGGUGCGGGACAAAUACAUUUGUGUGGGCAUCUCGUCUGGCUCUGUGCUGGUGUUUGAUGUCCCCAGCAAAGGCAGUAAUAUCACCCUGUCAGAGGUGCUAGAGGAGCACAAGGAGUCCAUCACAGAUAUGGCCUCAGAAUGCUCCGGAAGCCUGGAGUGCAUCGCCGACUUGGUGAGUGCCGACGACUCUGGCAACCUGAGUGUGUGGAAGUCGGGAGAAGACUUCCAGCUGCUCAACAAAAUCCCUGGUUUUGAUAUGAGCUGUUCCUCUGUGAAGCUGUGGAAGGGCACUGUGGUAGCUGGCUAUGGAACAGGGCAGAUCCGUCUCUAUGAAGCCAUUACAGGAAUCAUCCACGCAGAGAUCAAUGCCCAUGCACGCUGGAUCUACUCCUUGGACAUCGCCCCCUUCUCUGGCCUGCUGCUGUCUGCUGCUGAGGACUCCCUGGUGCGAGUGUGGCAUCUUACCGUGACCCCAGAGACCAACAGUGUGGAGAUCGUACACAUGUACAAUGAGUGCGUGACGGACACCCAGAUCUGCGGCGCCAAAUUCUGCGAUGGGGACGGCUACGCAUUCGCUGUGACAGGCUACGACCUCAGCGAAAUCAUCCGCUACACUCAGGCCUAAGGAGUUAUGGGAGGUGUGUGCGUGAGUGAGUGAGUGAGUGCGUGUGUGUGAGUGCGUGCGUGUACGUGCGUGCGUGUGUGUGCGCGUGCGCAAGGUCGAUGUUUUAACAAACUGUGUCAGCACAACCUGUCAUGUGUCCAACAUGUGUGUGACUGGAGCCUGGAGCAGGAAGUGUUUUCCUGAUGGGGCAGCAUGCUUCCCGGGCCGUUCUACCGGACCUGUGGUUCAGAUAAAUGGACAAUGGAUGAGGUGGCGAACCAGCACUAUGACUCGUGCAUCUCAGUGGUAUCAUAUCUACUGGACAUAAGAACCUACAGAACCUUUCCCAUGAGAAAGACCGUCAGGCAGAUAGCAGGACAUUUCCUCAGUCGAGCAGUUUCCUGCAGGUCCUAUCUGCACUCAGUAGUCAUCAAUGUCCCCCAAAAAACCAAGAGACAUCGGAUGGAUUGUGAUGAGAGAGAGGACUUGUAGUACAAUGUGAACUUGUAUGAUUUGACUGAUUUGCACACUGCUCACUGCUGACACAGGAAAUGUGUAUAAAUCCGAUAGAAAUACAAGUAUGCAGCACAAGACGUGGUUUAUGUUAAGUUCUUCAGCAUUCAGUUUGAAAAUGUACCAUUCCUUAACUGUUAAGUCUUGAAUAUUGAACAGCAUUGUAAGUCAUACUGUAAUAUAUAAAUAUACUGUAAUGAAA